CACAGAAGAUCCCGUCUCCUACACAACCCUCCCAUCAUCGAACGGGACCCACUUCUACUCAGUUUAUAUCAGUGGAGCAAAGGCGCAAAGCCAACCAAAGGAAGAAAAGAAGAAAACUCUGUCCAAUUAGCCACACAGAAAAAGGCAGCAGCUAACAAAUGGACGCUGCUACCCAAGAACACGGUAAUGCAGACCUCCAGGAAAGAAAAUAUUGGAGAUUCAACAAACAUGAUUUCUUUCCUGAAGAGUCCUUCAGCAACUGGGGCAGCUACCGGGCGGCCUUGUCACAGACAUUUCAUCGGUUCAAGGACCGUCUUGUGUCCCGGUCCGAUGAUGCCAAUGAGGUGGAAGUUCUCAGGAAGCAGAGCGAGAACGAGAUGAAACGCUGCCUCACCUGGUGGGAUCUCACCUGGUUUGGGUUCGGCUCGGUCAUUGGAGCUGGCAUUUUCGUGCUGACCGGACAGGAAGCUCACGACCAUGCUGGACCUGCCAUUGUCUUGUCCUACGUGGCUUCCGGAGUCUCGGCCAUGCUGUCUGUCUUCUGCUACACGGAAUUUGCAGUAGAGAUCCCUGUCGCAGGCGGUUCGUUUGCUUACUUGAGAAUCGAGCUGGGAGACUUCGCUGCAUUCAUCACUGCGGGGAACAUACUGCUGGAGAGUGUGGUGGGGACUGCAGCGGUGGCGAGAGCAUGGACUUCAUAUCUAGCCACUCUUCUCAAUCGUCCAUCCAACUCACUCCGCAUUCAUACCAAUCUAACCAAAGGUUUCAAUCUCCUGGACCCAAUUGCGGUCGUAGUUCUGGCUUUGGCUUCCACCAUCGCGAUGAUCAGCACGAGGAAAACUUCAUUACUCAACUGGAUAACAACCGGAUUGAACACCGCAAUUAUUUUGUUCGUAAUCAUUGCAGGUUUCGCCCAUGCUCGAACAUCCAAUCUGACCCCAUUUCUGCCUUACGGUGUCAAAGGUGUCUUCCAAGCAGCUGCAAUUGUUUACUUUGCCUAUGGAGGAUUCGAUAACAUAGCCACCAUGGCAGAAGAAACGAAAAACCCCUCCAGAGACAUACCACUAGGGCUUCUUGGAUCCAUGUCGAUCAUAACUGUGAUAUACUGCUUGAUGGCACUUUCCCUAAGCAUGAUGCAGAGGUACACAGAGAUUGACACUGAAGCAGCUUAUUCUGUAGCUUUCCAGAGUGUAGGAAUGCACUGGGCGAAAUACCUUGUAGCACUUGGUGCCCUUAAAGGGAUGACAACUGUUCUCCUUGUAGGGGCUCUAGGUCAAGCAAGAUACACCACUCAUAUCGCAAGAGCACACAUGAUUCCUCCAUGGUUUGCGCUCGUUCAUCCAAAGACCGGUACACCGAUAAAUGCUACACUUCUGGUCACAGUUUCAGGGGCCUUUAUUGCCUUCUUCUCGGGCCUGGAUGUCUUGGCUAGCUUGUUGUCGGUAAGCACAUUGUUUAUCUUCAUGAUGAUGGCUGUCGCUUUGCUUGUGAGGAGAUACUACGUUAGAGAAGUCACCCCAAAGGAAAACCUCCUGAAGUUGGUAAUUUUUCUCCUGGUUAUUAUUGCUUCCUCCAUGGGGACUGCUGCUUACUGGGGCCUGAAGCCUGAUGGUUGGUAUGGUUAUGCUGUAACUGUUCCUCUUUGGUUCUUUGGGACUCUGGGGUUAUCCCUACUUUUGCCUCAGCAGAGAAACCCGAAAGUUUGGGGGGUACCACUGGUUCCAUGGCUUCCAUCAUUGUCGAUAGCAACAAAUAUCUUUCUCAUGGGAUCUUUAGGGGCUGAGGCUUUUGUAAGAUUCGGAAUCUGCACUGUUGUAAUGCUGCUUUACUAUGUUUUCUUUGGUCUUCAUGCGACUUACGACAUGGCCCAUAUGGAAAAGAAGCUUCAGGAUGUAGCACACGACCAAUGCCUGUAAGACUUCAGGGGAAAGAACUCUGCAUUUGUAAGGAUCUAUCAUCAAUCUACUUGGUUUAAAGACAGCAACUGAUUACUACUUGCAACAACUAAUACUAUGUCAAUGUGGCAGCACAGACAAACUAGAAAAGGAAUGAGAUCAUAUGAUAAUGUUAAGUUUCAGUAUGCCAAACUUAAAUUGGUCCUGCAUAACGCAAAACAUCAUUGUUAUUCAAUAUCAGUAAGAAAAUGAAAUUGAUUCU